AUGACCCUCAACGCUGGCCUGCGCAUCGCGCGCGUCCACUCUCCGUUCCUUAGACCCAAUGGGUCGUCAUAUACCCUCGCUUCUCGAGUCGCUACGAGCCGUACCUCCAAGCAAUGGCAGAUAAUAUCCCGGACAGGCCCAUGCCGUGCCGCAUCGACAGCUUCGCAAGUGAAAGAAGUACCUAAAUCGACAUCUGAAGUCGUCUCCUCAGAGCGCUUGACAUCUCCCCUCCCCGCCUCGACAACCCUCAACCCACCAGCCUCGACUCGCCCGCCUCCUCUCGAUACACCGACCCGAGACCCCUCGUCCUCGAUAUUCACGUACUUCUACCACCUCGGCAAGGCAUACAUGACCUUCUACAAGACCGGACUCCGCGCCAUCUUCACCAACAGAAAGCUUCUCUCGCAAUCCCCCACCGCCUCCACCCCAUCCCCUCCCAUCCCCGGCUCGAUAUCCUUCCCAACGCGGUCCGAAGUCCUCCUGCGGCGCCGCGUACGCCACGAUCUCUCGCGCCUCCCCAUCUUCGGGGUCCUACUCAUCGUGUGCGGGGAACUAACCCCGCUCGUGGUGCUGCUGUUCCCGCGCCUCACGCCGCUUACCUGCCGCAUCCCCAAGCAGGCUGAUGCUCUACGGCGCAUCUCCGAGACCAGACGGGACGCCAGCUUCCGCGGCUUGCGCUACCGGCCCGACCCAUUAAAGGGCAACGAACCGGCCAGCAACGGCCACAUAUGCCGGAGUCUCGGGCUGACGAGCUCCCUGUGGGAUAAGAUCGGUCUGGAUGGCCCGUUCGCGGCGUCGUUGACGCAGCGAGCCAUUGCGCGGAUCGCGGCUGAUGAUGCUAUGCUGCGCGAGGGUGGAGGUGUAGAGGCUCUUGUUGACGAGGAGGUCUUGCUUGCGUGCGAAGACCGGGGUAUCGAUGUUCUAGGGAAGCCGGUGGACGAGUUGAGAAGUCGACUAGAGGAAUGGCUCCGCAAGACUACUCCUGAGGGGGUGGCCUCAGCAAAGUCAGAUUCUGCUUUGGAAGAGUCGGUCUUGAAGAGAGCUGAGGAGAAGAUAAGGGAGACAUUAGUUAGCUUAGAUGGGAGGGUGUAA